CUUAAUAAACAGAUGUGUUUUGAUUAGAUGCUGCGAAAAAAAUCUUUAAUUUCUAAUUGUCUACAGCAAUAAAAAUAAAAUGGAUCUCAGAUCGGUUUCCAGCGCUCGCCCAUCACGUGCAGUAAAUGACUCAUUGGCUGAAGGCUCGGUACAAAUGGUAUUUAAGAAAGUGAGUCCCGACGAUCACCUGUGUGAGACUGUGGCGCCUCCUACGACAUAUGGUGGUUAACAUGUUGACAACAAUGAUUUUAGCCUUCAUACUUCUUUCUCUGGCCUCUUGUCUUGAAGCCGUGAACAAUGGAAGUGUCCCCAAAGCACAAGUCAUGCUACAGUUACAAGGCAUGGACUACUCGCUGUUCGGCUACAACAGUCUCAAGGGAUGCCCUCUGACCUCAGGACGUGACCCGGGCUUUACUCUCCCCAUCUUUUCGGGUGAGUUUAACGUGACCCCAGACUUUCGCUAUAGCGUGCCACGUGGCGUGCUUCUGUCCCACGAUGUGUCAUGUGACACGUCGUUUACGUCGAAGGUGGUGGAGACGCCGUACGACCUGACCACGCUGCUGACUGGCACCGCGCGACUCGGUGCUGAUAAGUGGGGGCCUCCCUUCUCGGCCAGCCAACACUUUCACAAACUGUCCGCGCAACUCACACAACACGUCUUGGUCGUUUCCACAGCUGUCUGCAGUUUGUACGACCUGACACUUCUGCUCUCGGAACCGCCAUCUUUUCAUCCGUCGUUUGUGGACUGGAUGAUUAAACUCAACAACACUGACAACGACGACAAGUACCUUGAGUUCCUUGACACCUACGGCACACACUUCGUGUCACGGGCCCGCUUGGGGGCUUCCAGAACGGUCAUCUACAAGAUGGACGAUAAAGUUUAUCGUCUUCUAACAGAGGAUCAGGUGACGUCAGCUGCCAGUUAUUCUGCUCCUGAGCUUUUUGGAUACCAUGAGGACUUGACCUCUGAUCAGCAAAAAGCAACAGCAGAGUUUCGAAAUCAUGAGACAACAACGUUUGCUGUCGGUGUUCCUCUUCCUGAUGGCGGUAACAGCGCGACGUGGUUGACAGCAGCGAAAGAUAACCCCUCUGUCAUCGACUAUGACUUGACCUCUGUGGAGGUUCUCUUUUCAGACACCUUCAUGUGUGCCGCAAGUCCUACAGGGGGUUAUGGCAUUGACCACGACAGGAUCAAGAAGAACAUCAUGGCUGUCAAGACCAAAUACUGUCGGAGUUUAAAGAGGAAAGACCUGUUAGUUGACUGUAGAGAUACCGGUAGGACACUGCUUUCUACAAAGUUGAUUGGUAACACGAAAUAUGGAGCUGCCGAGUCCGCUGACCAGUGUCUUCAGGAAUGUUAUCAACUUGCAGGCUGCGUGGCUGUGAGUUUUUGUCCUUUGUGUACGAGGGACAACAGCGGCAGCAAGUGUCAAGUGUUUAGUGCUGGCGACAUCCACAGGGCAGUCACCGACCGUCAGUGGCAGACGAUCAUGUUAGUUGACAAACUGGAGACAUUUGUAAAGCUGCACAACACCAUGGUUGUUGUCAACUCUAGUUCUCUGUCUGACGUCCCUCCUGUCAACUCUAGUUCUCUGUCUGAAGUCCCUCCUGUCAACUCUAGUUCUCUGUCUGAAGUCCCUCCUGUCACCUCCGUACAGGACUGCUACCCAUUUUGUAUUCAAGAUACCCAGUGUGUGGCCUUCACCUUGACUGACACUUCAGGUUCAUUAAUUAAAUGCACGCGCCACACAGACUCACUUCUGUCCUUGACACAGGGAACAGGUGUCAGCGUGUACUUCGUCUCCCCGCUGGUCAAAAGAAUUAUCACAAGUGGACAGACGAGAGGCCUUGCUCCCUCCUCCAUGCUGAACGACUGGUACAAUUCCGCCUGUGUCAUCGACGACGAGUGUCGUCAGGUAAACUCCAUGUGCUUUGUAAACAGGUGCCGCUGUCGACCUGGGUUCUUCUUCUCAACACGUGACUACACGUGCUCUGAUACAUGCAGACCACGUGACCUACAAGACACCUUUAUGGAGUAUUCUGAAAGCGGAAUAAAAGGACAUAUUCUCGCCAUUCAAGAUGGAACAAACCUGAAAACAUGCAAGAACCUGUGUGUCAGUACUGAUCAUUGCGUAACCUUUGACUUUAGAGACACAGGAGGGCGCUGUGUGCUUCAUGAUGUUACGUCACGUGAGGCUGUGUCAGGAUGGUUUCCUCUGACCAGUACAGGGUGGACUCACUACCAGAGAACUUGCCUGAAGUCAGCCGCCUCCUACCCGGGUCCAGCCUGGGACAACUCGUCUUGUACCCAAGACACGGACUGUCCUGACCCAUUCAGCCUCUGUUCGUCGGGCAGGUGUCUGUGUGCACUGGGCGCCAUUUCUUCUGAACAGGAAGUCACGUGUCGUGCUGCAGAGUCGUGCGGCGAAUGGCAGAAAGCAGGAGCCAAGUCUGGUGCGCACUUCAUUCGACUGAAAGACAAGAAGGAGACGAGUAGAGUGUGGUGUGACAUGGACUCCAGUGGCGGAGGUUGGCUGGUGUUCCAGAGACGUCGUGACGGGUCAGUGGACUUCUACAGGAACUGGACUCAGUAUGAAGACGGCUUUGGUGACGUCACCGGGGAGUUCUGGCUGGGUUUAUCCAGGCUUCACACCUUGACCAAAGGGAGACCCACCCGACUGCGUGUAGACCUCGGCGAGGUGAAUGGACAUCGUCACUACGCUGAGUACACGACAUUCAGGGUGGACGGUCCUGAGACAAACUACACACUGACCGUGUCCGGCUACUCGGGUGACGCGGGGGACAGCUUAGCGUAUCACAACAACCAGAGUUUUUCAACGUAUGACAGAGACAACGACAAGAAGUCUGACAACUGUGCCGCUCUCCGUCACGGCGCCUGGUGGUACGACACGUGUUACGACUCUAACCUCAACGGCCGAUACAAGGCUGACGGGGCUAAGGGUCCUGACGGGGUCACCUGGCAUCACGCCCACAAUGACUUGACGAGCUUCACCUUCAGCGAGAUGAAAGUACAACCAGUGUAACACCGCCUUGUCUCCUGUACUCUCACUGCUUAUACCCUCAGUCUACUGUACACCACACGUGACACUCGUGAUGUCACCUCAGUGCAGAUGACUGGUCUCGCAACUUUAUGAUGUUGCUAAAUUUAUUUUCAUCUGACUUUGCUUGGAUAAAUCAAGACGAUUUAAAAGUAAACAAGUGUUAUUUUUAAAUCAUGAAAUCAACAUAUUUAUUGUACGUAAAGAUAACUGAUAGUUUUAUCUUCAAAAUGAUACAAAAGCACAGAGACUGAUUGUAUCAAAUACUGUUGUUUAUUUGUUUAACUGAUGACAACAACACAAGACUUUAAUUGCAUCAUAGAAAAUUUUGCACAUGUUCUACUGUGUCCUCGUUUUCCCUGUAUUUAACUGAAAGUUAAAACUUAGGCAGAGCUGUAAGAUCAGUAGACUUUUCAAAUAAACAAAUAUAAUUGUCAAGAGAAAAUUGAUAUUGCCAUAAAGGGAAUUAAAACUGUAAGUAAUA